GAAGGAGGUUCCCUCAGAGAAUUCCCGAAAUGCAGGGAAUUUCCCGUGAUUUUGACAUGAUUUCUAGCUGAAUAAUCGCAUUGCCGAAGAAGACAUUGGUGGCACACGAAGUACCGACUACUACUCCAUGAAUCUGGAGACGAACAAGUUAAGUGGACGUGUAUUUAGCUUGAAUAUUGAGGUUAUACUGAUAUGCCACGUCGGAAAACGGUCAAUCCCCAACCAUCGCAGGAUGACAUACAAGAAGAAAUAAUAAUAGAAAUGGAUGACAGUUCAACAAACAUGGAAAUCUCUGCAUCUAAUGAUGAGACUGAGCCCACAGUGACAAGCCAGGUGUCUUCCAGAGGCAGAAAAGCAAGUGAGAUAGCCAAAACAGAGAGCAAGCCACAGAAGAAGAAUGUCAUAGAACCAACAGAAAAGAGAUUGAGGUUGGAAACUGAAUUUGUGAAGGAUGAGGAGAGUGUUACAGUAGAUGAUACUCUAGUGGAGAUUGAACAGCCACGUGAGAGCGAGACACUUGAAGCUGUUCCAUCAAGUAGCAAGACUGCAGAUAAUAGGAAUCUCUCUCUGGAGGCCUUAUUCAACAUAACAGAUGCUGAACUAAAGAAAAUAGCUGAUAACAAGAAGGAAAAUGUUAACAAACCAAAUGAUGGGGUAAAGUUAACCAAUGAAACAAAUCAGCCAGUAAUCGGUAAUAUGGGUGUAAAGAUUGUCUAUCCCCAUGGAGUGAGUACUUUCCCGCACCCUGUUAAACUCACCUAUGGAGAUGGGGUUAUUGUAACAGCAGUGCCUGAGAAAGGAGGUAAUAUUGUAACUGGUUCUCAAACCCAUAAUAUAAUAGCAGUACAGCCAGAAGUCAAGGGAGCUAAUGUAGGGAGACCUAGAAAACAUCCUCAAAAACCAGGGAAGCAUAUCUGCCCAUAUUGCUCCCGUGGCUGUGCUAAACCCAGUGUUCUUGAGAAACAUGUCCGUGCACAUACAGGUGAAAGACCAUUCCCGUGUAAAGCAUGUGGGUUCUCUUUUAAAACUAAGAGCAACCUUUACAAACAUUGUAAAUCAAGAGCACAUGCUAUAAAGGCUGGUCUUGUGUCCCAGCAACCAAUAAGCUCAACAGGAGAAUAUGUUGUUUUACCCAUGGUCUCUGAUAAUCAAGAAACUGACAGUGAUGAAGGAGUGAGUGACACAGUUGAGGUACAAAAUGAAGAUGCUGCCACCAGCAAAGAUAACCUCAUAGAUAAUAAUAAAGUUAAUGAAGUAGAACAGGUUCAAGUAGAGGUAUCUGAAAUGGACAAUAAAUUGACCCAGAACCAAAUUAUCCUUGAAGAACCUGUAAAAAGUAUUCAAGGUGGAAGGAUUUAUUUAACAGAUCAACAAUUCUAUGAUAUCUCCUAUGUGAAUCAAAAUUACACAGACUCCGAAAAUGAUGUACAAGAAGUAGUUCUACAAGAGGACUUGCCUCAAAUGAAAGUACCACCACCUAAGGCCCAGAGUCUACCAACUGUAGCAAAGCUACUACAAGAGAGAGCAAAGCAGGAUGAAAUCACUACAGCUAACCCUACUUUACCCCAGAGUGUACCAACUGUAGCAAAGCUACUUCAAGAUAGAGCAAAGCAGAAUGAAAUCACGACAGCUAACCCUACUUUAUAUAAUUCAGAUAAUGGAACACAGAGCCAGAAACAUAUCAGUAGCAAGGUAGAGAAUAUAUCUGACAACAGCAUGAAGAUAACACUACAGCUUGUCCAGGGUGAAGAUGAUGCCACUAAAAAUAGCUUGCCUCAAGGCAGUGGAGAUCAAACCCCAGUGAAUCCCGAUGUGAUCCGUGAUCGUAUCUCUACACUGAUUUCAAGAAAUUCUGCCAUUGUUGAUAUUCCUAUGGCUGAAGCUCCUCGUUCAAAACGUUAUUCACGUCAGAACAGUGAUGUUAAAAUGAUAGAGUUACAGCAGCCAAGUACAUCACAGGUCCUCCAGUUACAAAAAACAGGGAACAUACAACUUCAACAAGUUCAACAAGACACCUCUAAAUCCCAGGUGCAUUUUUUGUCCCAGGCCGAGCCGACAGACCAGCCACCAGGGCUCCAGCUCUCGAAUUUAUAUACGAGGACAGUGAUACCAUCUACGUCAUCCAGUCCCCUCCAGAAUCAAACUGACCAUGCUGUUACAGUCGAUUGUGAAUCAAAGGAGAUCAAGAUCCACUUCAAACUGCCUAAGCCAGAUGAAAUUCAGACAGGUGAUCAGCAAGAGGAUAUCUACAGCUUGCAUAAUCCAGAAGGAAGUGUCAUCAAGGAUCUGCUUUUGAAGAGUAGGCCAAGAGUGGUGUCUACUGUACAGAAAACAUAUGUAGAAUCACCUGUUAAGGCAACCUCUACCCCUGCCCAAAAUAUACCCCCAUCAGCCUUGGAUACUACUAAUGUAGAACACUUGUAUGGUCCUUAUCUAUGUGGUACUUGUAACAAUUCUUUCAAAGAGGAAAAUCAUCUGGAGCUUCAUCAGCAAUAUUACUGUAAUCCAACAGGACUUGAUUCCCAUGUUGUUGAUGCUGGUGGGGAUAAUGUCCCAACUGUUGAAGAGUUCCCUACCAUCACUGCUGGUACAUCUCCUGAGGAGCGAGAGAAAAUAACAAAGAUGCUCGGUGAUACAAGCAGUACAAACAAAGGAAGUCGCAAACGUAGAGAAUCAGAACCAGCAUCUAUAGUAGUGGCCGCUUCUCCACAGAAGAAACAGAGGAAAAGCAGAUUUACUACUAUUGCCAUGAAGAGUGGAAUUGAAAGACAGAUGAGUGCACCAACUACUGAACUCCAUUCUGUGCUAGUUAAUAAGCCAUUCAAUGAUGAUGUUUUAAAUGAGGAAAUCGUACCAACCACACCAACGACCAGUAACAAGUCAUUGAAGAUGAAAUUAAAGGGCCAUCUAUUAUUAAAGCGAUCCCAGAGCAUGGACAUGGCUAAAAUUGAUGAAUCUGUUAAAGAAGAAACAACAACCAACCUUGCUGAUUCAGUUGCGAAUGAGGUCAGUGUCUAUACAACUGACGACAAAGAAUUCCAAAUUGUUGGUGAUUUAGCAGAUGACGAAUAUGUGAUCAUUGAAGAAAAUGAUGAAGUCCCUGAUAAUGCCAAUGAUUUACUCACAAGGGCUGGACUGUAUGACUCCAGGGCACAUGUUAAUGUACUUCAACGUUUGAUACCAAACAUGCAAAGUCUACAGCUGUGUAAGAAACCCAACAAGGAGUUAGCACCUAUUAAGUUAGCUUCUCUGAUAAGAUCACCAGAUAUGGCCACAAUGGCCCCACUUCUUCAGGUGAACCAUAUAGGAGACCUGCCUUCAGACUCCACACAGCUGUAUGUUGUCACAAGAAUGACUGAGAAACUUGAAGAUGAUGCAUUUAAUGCCCAUCUUAGGAAAAUAGGGCGAGCUGCCAUGCACAGAUCUUUUUCUAUGAAUGAUGCAGCAUAUGUACAACCAAAUACAAAAUCACCUAUUGGACCACCCAGAAUGAUAACACCAGAUGUCCAUAGCCCAUCAACAAAUAAACCAUUAUCUGGGUUGGAUUUGUUAGCUCUUCAACCAGUUAGCAAAUUACUGAAUGCCCAAUCCCCUUCCACGAAGAACAAAGCUACAGCAAUGAUGUUAGGGCACUCUCAUCCAAGCCUCAAGAAUGAUACACAUGUUUCAUUCUGCUGUGUGAAGAAACUCCAACCAAUGUAUGUGCGCCAGGGUGUGUAUAGGAAAAUUUCAAUGUAUUCAAAUUGGAGGGUGGCUCCCCACAAUCUUGACCCAGAGUGGCUGACAUCCCGAAUGCAGUUAUCCCUUUAUAAGACAUCAACAUCAAAGUACAACAGCAAUUCACUCAUUUCCAAUCUCUCUGCCAAGAAUACAUGUGGAACAUUGACACAUUCAAGUUAUUGGAACUACUAUAACAAGCUUCAACAGAUCAAACCAUCUGAUGGAAAAACAAAGGAUAAUUAUACAAUCAAAAAGCUCCCCAUAGAUAUAAAAGUUUCAACUGAAGAGAAGGAUAUAUCUCACAUAAAUGCAGAGGCUACUGCUUUAGAAAGUAGGGUGAAGCUGAGACAGGUCCUGAAGGAGAAACAGCCCAAGCGAGAGAAGAUAUUCCAGGGAGGAUUCAAGAGUACUGAGGAGUAUAUAUACGUGAGAGGCCGGGGUAGAGGUAAAUAUGUCUGUGAGGAAUGUGGGAUUAGGUGUAAGAAACCAAGCAUGUUAAAGAAGCAUCUUAGAACACACACUGAUCUAAGACCUUACCACUGCCAACACUGCAAGUUCUCAUUCAAAACCAAGGGGAACCUGACCAAACACAUGAAGUCUAAAGCUCACUAUAGGAAAUGCUUUGAGAUUGGUGUGCGCCCUAUACCAACCAAUGUGGAGGAUUACCAGAUAGACCAGAUGGCUCUAGCAAGGCAGCAGCACCUAUAUGCCCAGGCCCAGCUAGCUGAUGAGGCAGGGGAAGAUGCUGGCUCUGAUAAUGAAGAUGGCGAUGGAGAAGAUUCAGAUGGCAAUGAGAGCUAUGAACUUGUCAUGGAUGUUGAUGAACUAGAUCAAGGAGAUGAAGCUUUAACUUCUGACCCCAAUCUGCAGCCUAAACAGAUCAAGAUAAUACAAACUAAAGGGUCACAAGACCAUGUUACAUACAUAAAUGUCAGUGACUUGGCAACUGAAGAUGGAGCACUGUCCAAUUUGAUCACUGCAAGGCCUAUAACAUACAGUGGACCCCCCUCUUCACAGGAGAAAGUAAAGGUCCAGCUGGUGUUUGAUAAAGGUUCCACAGCAGAAAUGUUACGCCAAGUCUCACAAAAUACAGAUGACUCUGGUGCAGCAGGACCAGAUGAAGUAGCGAUGGCACGUACCUUGCUAGAUCUCUCCCAGGGAGGCCAGGGGUCACAGGGUGGUAAGAGACGUCAUCAGUUAGCAAGGCACCAGAGUGCCCCCACAGGAGCUGAUACAGCAGAAGGUGGCAGCAGAUUAAAAUCACUAAUUGGGGAACUGAUAUCUCGUACUAAGGAUGGUGAGCAAGGCCAAGAAGGUGAGGAACAAAUGGCAAGUUCAAACAAACCUGAGUACAAGAUGAAGUCAUUUCAGCAGUUUGAUGGUGACAAGUUUGAACAGCAUGCUGGAGUAACAGAGAUCACUAUUGGUGAUGAUGACAGCGCCACUAUUCUGGAUAAGGUUGGGCAUCAUAAUGCUCCAAAGUCUAGCGUGAUAAUGGCAACCAGUGUCCAGAAGUCGACCAAACCUCAAUUAGCGUCAGCCUCUGAUGUUCAGGUCUGCCCAAAUCUCUUUCCCCGUCCUAAGUCUACUGGGUCAACCACAUAUGAGCAGAAAAUUCGAGCUUUACUCACUGCGAACCAGGAUGCCCUAAAGGAUGGCUCCAAUGAAAUUAGUGGAACUACAGUCACAUCUAUGGAUAUACAACCUGUUGUGUCAAAACCUGGCAGGAAUACUGGUCCAAUAGUGGGCCAGUUGAUCAGGAGUGAGGAGAAGGAAAUCAAAAAGCAACCAGCCGGCGCAAGGACUCCUGUGUUUCAGUUCAACCAUCCAUUCUUACCUGGAAACAACAAGAAUGAGUUCACUUCUAAAGGACCUAAAACACCAGUUAAAGUGAAGCAUACUCCACAGUUUGAGACUCCUGUGAAGGAGACUAAGUCUAAUAACAUUCUUUACAUAAAGAGUGACACUCCUGUGAAGGAGACUCAAUCUCCUAGUGUUAUAUAUAUCCAAGGUGAAGCUCCAGUUAAGGAGACUAAGUCUCUCGAUGAUGGCCAUUCAACACCUCUCCAGACAAAUAUUGAUAAAGAAGAGAGUGAUGCCAUUCGACCAUCCAGUCUGAACAUAAUGCUACCAGUCACUAUUAACAUUGCCCCUAACACUCAGGCAGACCCUGCUCCAAUCAACUUAUCAGGUAAGAAUGACCCACCUGACACUCUGGAAGCAAGCAGCGCAAAUAAAGGGCCUCAGUUGGUCAUUACCCCAAGCAGCUCUGCAGGAGGAAAACCCAACGUGAAGUUGGUAUCACCAACAAUCAACUCCCCUAGCAGUCCUAAGAUUAGCAUUCAGACUUCACAGGGAACUAUAUUUCAGUCACAACAGCAGGUGUUUUUUGUUACAAGUGAAAACCGAGCCCCGUUUGAAAUCAUGCCCAUACCAGGAAAAGUAGCAGAUUCUACGCCAUAUAUGAUUGGGAAGAAAUACGAAUGUGAUAUAUGCGAUAAACAAUUUAACCAACAGCAUCAGCUUACCUUGCAUAAAAAUAUACAUUACUUUGAGAAAACUUAUAAAUGUGAAGACUGCAACAUGAGCUUCAAAAGUCUUGGUUUGUUAGCCAAACACGAAAGAUCUCUUAGUCAUUUUGCCAGGCAAGGACAAGUAAUCCAGUCACAGCAGCCUGUACCCACCUCAGAUAAUCCCAGACCCUUCAGGUGUGAAGAUUGUGAUAAAGAUUUCCGUAUACAAGGACAUUUAGCGAAACAUUUCCGUUCCAAAAUGCACUUGAUGAGCUUGGAGCGACUAGAUAAGAUCCCAGCUGGGCAUCUCUGUGAUAUUGACCCAAUGGGUGUAGAUGCCACAGAUUGUGAUACUGCAUUAAGCAGUAUACUUGAGAUGAUUAGCCACAUGGAUGAUACCACUGGCCAGCUUAGAUCAACUAUUAUUAAAGAAGAUGAUGUAGAAGAUAUGGAAGUUGAUACUGUUGAAGAGUCUUACAACCAAACACACAAUAUUAGCCCACACACAGUAUCAGAGCCUCAAAUAAUUGUCAUCCAACCUCCCAAUAAUGGAGAUGAAACAAACGCAUAUAUCCCACCCUCUAUAAAUGUCCAAAAUAUGACCUCAUUGGUAUCAGAUAGUCCUACUGCAGCGAUUGAUGACAUUCAGGAGAGAACGUGUUAUGUCUGUAAUAGAGUAUUCAAGAAUGCUAGCUUUGUUCAGACUCAUAUUCUCACAGAACACGGCACUUUGGAAAAGGAUCCUAACUCUAGGCUGUUCCAGUGUCCACAUCCUGGCUGCUACAAGGAAUAUGACAGCAAAGAGUCAUUCAAGUAUCACAUAGGUUCCCAUGCAGUGAAGCGUGAUGCUAAACCAAACUCUCACAGCUGCCAUAUAUGUGACAAGUCCUUCAAGACAAUUAAUAUGUUGAAGCAACAUAUCGCAGGGCAUGCCAAUACCCGGCCAUUUGUCUGUGAAUACUGUGACGCUGGUUUCACCACUGCACAGGCCCUGAAACUGCAUAAACGCACACACACCCAGGAGCGCCCCUAUGUAUGUGGUCUGUGUGGAGAUACAUUUGCAAGGUCCGACCACCAGAAACAACAUAUGAAAACCCACAAAGAUGAUAACCAACCCCCCACAGCAAACACACCAGUUGAAGCUAGUCCACCUGGCUCUGAAGCUUGCCAGAAUACCACAGCAGGUGCACCUACAUGUAUAAUAGUACCCUCUGAGCUUGAACAGCCCAGCACCAGCAUGGUGCCUCAAACUCAAACACCUCCUCGAUCCAUUAUAGAGACUGAUAGUGCAGGUGUUGAACAAGAGAUAUUGGUUCCAAUGGCUGCAUUGGAUUCAUUAGGUUUAACCCUCCAGGAGUUCACAGAGUCGAUUGUCUCUGGCAAGAUUAAUGUGCGUAAAUCAAAGGUGAAUGUGAGCAGAAUGAUAAACAGUGACACUCCUGGAGAACAGCAGACUAAUACUGUAAUAUAUGUUGACAGUCAGCUUAAUUACAAAACACCUACUGAGGUCUGA